UUAUGCAUAGGUUAGCGUACAUCAAAGCAUUAUUAUGCAUGCUAAAUCGUCUAAUUUGAAUUAUUUAGGUUACAGCUACCAGAAAGCGAGACUGUACAGGUCAAUACAGCACAGUAAUCAACACUGGUCUCAGCAACUCCGCAGAUAAUUUCAUUGGAACAUAUGCUGAGAUUGAGCUCGUCACCACCAGCUCAGCCCUCCCACCACCACCAAUGACAGGGGAGACUGUCCAGUACUCUAGACCCAGAGAAAAGCAGCCAUGUUGUCAGACACCACAGGAGCCGGUUCAAGGCGAGGUCGUCUCUAACGAUGGAAGAUCACAGGGUCAAGGGGAGCAGGAGGGGAACAAUGAGGAGCCCACUCAUCUGCACCCCCUUGACAAGGGUAUCAGUGUUCACUUAAUCCUGCUCCAACUGAGGACUGUACAGUCGUGUUGGCGUGCUCUGGGUGAGGCUGCUGGACUGGAGAGGGGACUAUGGACAUGGUGGGUGUGACCUUACCAUGUAUACAAACGAACAGAGCACCACUACAUCAGUUGGUAGAGCGCUCG